CCCUGAAACCAAAAUCAUUUAAUGUCAUCAUCUCAGUCGAACAACAACAGCACUAUCUCUUCCGUCUAAUUCCCACCGGAGCCCGUGUUUCCUUUCACCAAUCCAAACACAACAACAACUCCGUCUCAGCCCUCCAUCACCGGACCUUCUUAGCCUCCUCCGUUAGUGAAAGGGUCUAUUCUAAUCAUUGGAGCUACGCUUGUUCUAAUCAUUGGUGUCUCAUUUUUUGUCAUUAGAAGGAAACAAAUGGAUGUAGUACCUAUUCUAAUCACUCUAAUCACUGGAGCCACGCUUUUUAUAAUCGUACUUUGUAUCGUAUGUUGCUGUAAAAGAAAGAAGAGGAAGAUGAGAAGAGAUGCUGAAGCUGCCAUGAGAAGAGAUGCUGAAGCUGCCAUUAAUGGAGGAGACUCACUAGAUCCCACAGUUAAUAAUCUUCAGCAAAGGAGUAGUUCAUCAGUGAUCGGACACAACUUGUUUACGUAUGAAGAUUUGUCUAGAGCAACUAGUGAUUUCUCCGACAGUAACCUUAUUGGACAAGGUGGGUUUGGUUAUGUUCACAGAGGAGUUCUUGUUGAUGGAACUGAGGUUGCUAUUAAGCAGCUUAAAGUUGGGAGUGGACAAGGCGAACGCGAGUUUCAAGCCGAGAUACAGACUAUUAGUAGAGUUCAUCACAGGCAUCUUGUUUCUCUUCUUGGUUAUUGUAUAACUGGUUCUCUAAGACUGCUUGCUUAUGAGUUUGUGCCUAACAAGACUCUCGAGUUUCAUUUGCACGAGAAAGGGAGACCUGUACUGGAGUGGACAAAGAGGAUGAAGAUUGCUUUGGGUGCAGCUAAAGGAUUGUCAUACUUACAUGAAGAUUGUAAACCUAAAACAAUACACCGGGAUGUGAAGGCUGCAAAUAUUCUAAUUGACCAUAGCUACGAGGCAAUGUUAGCAGAUUUUGGACUCGCCAGGACUUCUUUAGACACUGAAACUCAUGUUACCACUCGGAUUAUGGGAACAUUCGGUUACUUGGCUCCUGAAUAUGCUUCUUCAGGAAAACUCACUGACAAAUCAGAUGUUUUCUCGUUUGGAGUGGUGCUUCUCGAACUGAUAACCGGGCGCCGACCUAUUCAUAAUUCGCAGCCUUUUGCAGAUGGUGAAAGCAUUGUUGAUUGGGCAAAACCUUUGAUGAUACAAGCUCUAAAUGAUGGUAGCUUUGACGGUCUUGUUGACCCGAGAUUAGAGCAUGACUUUGAUAUCAGCGAAAUGAAGAGAAUGGUUGCUUGCGCUGCUGCUUGUGUCCGUCAUUCAGCAAAACGCCGCCCAAAAAUGAGCCAGAUAGUUCGAGCAUUUGAAGGAAACAUAUCUUUAGAUGACCUAACGGAAGGAUCUGCUCCAGGACACAGCACUAUUUACAGCUUAGAUGGGAGCUCAGAUUAUAGCUCAACACAAUACAAAGAAGACUUGAAGAAAUUCAAGAAAAUGGCAUAUGAAAGCCAGACGUUUGGUAGUAGCGAAUGCAGCGGUUUGACUAGCGACAACGGUCAGAACCCGUCAGGGUCCUCUAGCAUCACCGAAGGCAACCGUACAACGCAAGAGAUCGAACCAGAGAAGAAAACGAACGAUACUAUAUAACUUAAAAAACAGAGGAUUCUUCUUUUGGUAUUAGACAAUUUUAGACUAGCCAAAUAGUAAAGGUCCCAAUAGUUAAGUGAGCAUUCUGCGGGUAGGUUUAUUUUACUUUAUUUAGGUGUAAAGUGUAAACACAUUUAUUAUUCAUAAACACGCGCUUUCACUUUUAAUUCAUGUGUGUGGCUCUAAUCAAAACUGCCUGUUUUUUUGCACGUGAAUAUUUAUUUUUUGGAGAUUUUUUGUUAAGUAUAUGGUGUGAAGAUAUUAUUUAUGAUUC